GUCGCCCCGUUGUCGUUAUUCCUCCAUUAUGGAUGCCGUAUUCGCGUUACUGUUCUGCACGAUUGCACUGAUCUCUUGUCAAUCGACGAACGGCCAAUACCAGCCACCCCAACAGGCAGCAAUUUUGAGCGAUGCUAGAUACCUCGCUGGUGAUGGCACUUUCGGCGCCGCUUAUUCGCAAGAGGAUGGUGUGGAGUUCAAAGAAGAAAGCGACGUUUACGGAAAUCGUCGUGGGUCUUACUCCUACGUCGAUCCAACGGGUCAAAGACGCACUGUGUCAUACACUGCUGGAAAAGAUGGCUUCCAGGCCACAGGUGACGGCAUUCCCGUUCCACCCCCGCAAGCUGCGCCACAACCAGAGUACGUGCCUCUGCCACAGUACAACCCACCCGAUUAUCAACCACCGCGUUAUAAUCCACCUCCACAGCAAUAUCAACGCCAGAGUCAACCGAAUUACGAAGUACAACCUGAGCCACAACCUCAACCGCAACUUCCACCUCAACCAAUCUAUCAACCUCAGCCACAGUACCAACCCAGACCUCAGCCACCUCCUGAAAUCCAACCUAUUCCUUCUUACAGUCCCAGGCCGCAGUAUCAACCUCCAGUUAGACCACCACCACAAUACAACGCCAUAACAACACCACCGCCACGGAGGUUUUAUCCACCAGGAAAGCUGAGCUUCAACAGGACUCCAGACGGCUAUUCCUACACAUUUAGCAAGAGUUAAUCAACCAUUUUUAGGCACCGUUAACCUGGAAGUAAUUUGGAUCGAAAAGAAGCCG